CAGUUCUUGUAAGAAAUCCUGUUCGUUACUUGUAUCACUUUCUCAAAUCAGCGUUUUCUAUGUAUUUUUUGUAAAUGUUGGCGCUUAUAUAAAGAGGAUGAAACUGUCAAAAGUUGGAAGAGUUACUUUAGAAUUUCCCAUUGUAAGGCUCAUUGUGAAGUCAUAGGCUCUGCAUAAAGGUAUAAUCAUGAUGGUAAUAGCAGUAACAUGUUUGACAUUGGUUCUCUGUGUGUCGCCGUCGCUUUCGACCGUCCAUAUGAACGAGAAUGGAGGAAAGAACAUGAUGCCGGAGAUGCCAAUGGAAAAACCAGAAAUGAAAAUGGCGAAAAAUAACAUGAUGAAUAAAAUGCCUAUGCCUAUGAUGAAAAAGAUGAUGCCGAUGAUGUCGAUGAACAACAAAAUGCCCAUGGACAUGAAAAUGAUGCCAAUGGACAACAAAAUGAUGCCAAUGAACAACAAAAUGAUGGACAUGAAAAUGAUGCCAAUGAAUAUGAUGCCAAUGGACAACAAAAUGAUGGACAUGAAAAUGAUGCCAAUGGACAACAAAAUGAUGCCAAUGAACAUGAAAAUGAUGCCAAUAGACAACAAAAUGAUGCCAAUGAACAUGAAAAUGAUGCCCAUGGACAUGAAAAUGAUGCCAAUGAAUAACAAAAUGAUGCCAAUGGAUAACAAAAUGAUGCCAAUGGACAUGAAAAUGAUGCCAAUGGACAUGAAAAUGAUGCCAAUGAAUAACAAAAUGAUGCCAAUGGAUAACAAAAUGAUGCCAAUGGACAUGAAAAUGAUGUCAAUGGACAACAAAAUGAUGGACAUGAAAAUGAUGCCAAUGGACAUGAAAAUGAUGCCAAUGGAUAACAAAAUGAUGCCAAUGGAUAUGAAAAAUGAUGCCAAUGGACAUGAAAAUGAUGCCAAUGGAUAACAAAAUGAUGCCAAUGAAUAUGAUGCCAAUGGACAACAAAAUGAUGGACAUGAAAAUGAUGCCCAUGGACAUGAAAAUGAUGCCAAUGGACAACAAAAUGAUGCCAAUGGAUAUGAAAAUGAUGCCAAUGGACAUGAAAAUGAUGCCAAUGGAUAACAAAAUGAUGCCAAUGAAUAUGAUGCCAAUGGACAACAAAAUGAUGGACAUGAAAAUGAUGCCGAUGGAUAACAAAAUGAUGCCAAUGGAUAUGAAAAUGAUGCCAAUGGAUAAUAAAAUGAUGCCAAUGGACAUGAAAAUGAUGCCAAUGCCAAUGGAUAACAAAAUGAUGCCAAUGGACAACAAAAUGAUGCCAAUGGGUAACAAAAUGAUGGACAUGAAAAUGAUGCCGAUGGAUAAUAAAAUGAUGCCAAUGGAUAUGAAAAUGAUGCCUAUGGAUAUGAAAAUGAUGCCCAUGGAUAACAAAAUGAUGCCAAUGGAUAACAAAAUGAUGCCAAUGAAUAACAAAAUGAUGCCAAUGGAUAACAAAAUGAUGCCUAUGGAAAUGAUGAAAAUGAUGCCAAUGGAUAUGAAAAUGAUGAUGAAGGAUUGCCCUCCUGAAAUGAUGCCAAUGAUGAUGGAGAUGAUGAAAAUGAUGCCAAUGGACAACAAAAUGAUGCCAAUGGAUAACAAAAUGAUGCCAAUGGAUAUGAAAAUGAUGCCAAUGCCAAUGGAUAACAAAAUGAUGACAAUGGACAACAAAAUGAUGCCUAUGGAUAACAAAAUGAUGCCAAUGGACAACAAAAUGAUGCCAAUGGACAUGAAAAUGAUGCCAAUGGAUAACAAAAUGAUGCCAAUGGAUAUGAAAAUGAUGCCAAUGGAUAACAAAAUGAUGCCAAUGGAUAUGGAAAUGAUGCCAAUGAAUAACAAAAUGAUGCCAAUGGACAUGAAAAUGAUGCCAAUGGAUAACAAAAAUGAUGCCAAUGGAUAUGAAAAUGAUGCCAAUGCCAAUGGAUAACAAAAUGAUGCCAAUGGACAUGAAAAUGAUGCAAAUGGAUAAUAAAAUGAUGCCAAUGGAUAUGAAAAUGAUGCCAAUGGAUAACAAAAUGAUGCCAAUGGAUAUGAAAAUGAUGCCAAUGCCAAUGGAUAACAAAAUGAUGCCAAUGGACAUGAAAAUGAUGCCAAUGCCAAUGGAUAACAAAAUGAUGCCAAUGGACAUGAAAAUGAUGCCAAUGGAUAACAAAAUGAUGCCAAUGGAUAUGAAAAUGAUGCCAAUGCCAAUGGAUAACAAAAUGAUGCCAAUGCCAAUGGAUAACAAAAUGAUGCCAAUGGGUCCAGACUGUCCACCAGGUAUGCAGGGUAUGGACAUGAAAAUGAAAAAGAAAGGUGGAUACUGAAAAAUAAGUUAUUGAAAUUUACUAGUAUUCAAAUUGAUUGGGUUCGCCCUUUACCAUCAAAAAAUGGCAUAGACUUUUUAGGGUACACGUUUACAUGUAAACGAGAGUUCAAUAAAUUAUGUAAUAAAUUU